UUACAUGUAUACUGAUACAUGGUUUACGUAAUAGAAAUAAUCUUAAAACCUUUUGCUCAAAUUAGUAUAGAAGAAAAAUUGUCAUCAUCAUCAUCAUCAUUAAGUGCAUAACAAUGCCAAGUGAGAAGAAGUACUUCAGCAACAUCCAUGAAGCUGUGAAACAUGGAGAUGUGAUCGAGUUGCAAAGAAUGAUACAACAAGGUGCAGAUAUCAAUGGUGUUGAUCCCAAAUUCAAAUUUUCUGCAUUACACUGGGCAGCACAUUAUGGAUCUCUUGAGUGCUUGCAUUGGCUGCUCUGGCAUGAUGCAGAUUUGCACCACCAGACAAACGAAGGCUGGACUCCUUCUCAUAUUGCUGCUAUAAGAGGACGAAGUACAUGUUUGCAAGCCCUAGCAUCAAAUGGUGCAAACAUGGGUUUUGUUGACGCCAGAGGGAAAACAGUGGCACAUUUAGCAGCCGCUCAUGGCAACACUCAAACUUUACAAGAAAUCUUACGCAAAGGAGUUGAUUUAGAAGCAAGAGAUCAUAUUGGCUGGACUGUGUUUCAUACUGCAGCAUUUCAUGGAAGAUUAGGAUGUUUACAGUUACUUAUAAAAUGGGAAUGCAAGACAGAUACGCUUGACUUAAAUGGGAACACAGCCGCUCACUUGGCAGCUGGUGAAGGCCAUAUACCUUGUUUGAAGUUUCUGAUUGCUUCAUCACCGAACAUUGAAAGGGUUGUAAGAGCAAGAAAUGACCAGGGUGAUACACCAAGGGAUAUUGCCAAUCAACAUCUUAAAAGCAACUGCAUAGAAUAUCUAAAUGGAAUUGAGUAUGACAUUGAUCAUCCAGAGGUUUCUGAAAAUAUGGCGUUUCCAGCUCAUAACAGUUCAUACAAGGGAGAUAUUGAAUAUUUGCAAAUGGUCAUUGAAACUGGUGUUGCUUCUGUCAAUGAGAGAGACGAAAAAGGAAGCACACCAGCUCAUAAAGCUGCAGGGAAUGGUCAAGUGGAAGUGUUAAAAUGGUUAAUCGAGAAAGGAGCAAACAUAAAUCUGAUGAAUUCAACUGGAGAAACUCCACGAGAUGUUGCUUUGAGGUUCGGUCAGUUGGCUUGCGUGAAGAUAUUGGGUGGAGAGUCAGAUGACGAAAGUGAAGAAGUAGAAGAAAUGAUUCCAGAUGAAACUCAAAUAAAAGCUGAGGCUAAAGGUCGUGCACAAAGAAAAAUUACCGAAUUAGCGGAACAGUUGGAAAUUGCCAAGUUAAAUUUUCAACAGCUUGGUGGCGUUUUGGAAGAAGAUAAGAAAAAAUUGAAACAAGAACAAGAAUGCAGCAGAAAAAUUCGCGAACUCGAAAGCUUAUUAGAAUACGAACGAGUCAAGCGCGAAAAACUCGAAGCUCAAUUAGACAAAAUGCGCUUACAUAUUCAUAAGUUAAAUUUACAGUUAGAAGAUGCUCAAAGCAGGAUACCUGUCACGCCACCUUUCAGGGCAGAGGAAGAAUUACCGCCGAAGCAAGUGAAGAAAAAGAAGAAGAAAAAGAGUGUUCAACCUGGCAUCUUCUUGGUGCAACGGAAUACAGGUUCAUACAAACCACUAAACGCAAAAUCAACUAAUUUAGAUGGAAACCAGGUACGACCAGCGUCUGCUAGCUAUUCCAAAACAUCUAACAACUUAAAAAAACCUACGCCUCCAAACCGACCACGAACAGCGGUCCGACAUCGUGCGAGUCCUGCAACGGCUGAUUCGGAAAAGUCGUUCACCACUAUUGAAAACGCCAUCAUGUGGGAGAAACUACGGAGGAAAGAAGAUACAUCCUCUCUCCAUUCAGAGAGCAGCAACGAAGAAAAACCAGUCACUCCUGCGGCGGAUGAGCGACCAUCAAGUACUACUAUGAAAGUGGCUACACCCGAACCCUAUGAACGACCCCGAUCGGGAAGUGCUUCAAGUCGUUCUAGUUCGGAUAGCGAAGAAAUAAUAGUGGACGAUUAAAUAAGGUUAUACUUUUUUUUAGAUAUCCUAAAGCAAUUUUAUUAAUUUUUCGCACUAAUUACUGAACUUUUUAUUUUGUGUACAUUUGUAAAUAAAUUAAUUUAUCACUA